ACGCCCCCGAUGUCUUCCUUACCGUCACUGACCACUGUUCAAUCUCCGGGAGACCUCUUCCAGUACUUCAGAUGUCUACUCACCGACCCCCGCUACUUCCUCACCCUUGCAGUCCUGGUCGUCCUAGGUGAUACUGUUCUAACCCAACUCAUCAUCCGCUUUGUACCAUAUACUGAGAUUGACUGGGAGACGUACAUGUACCAGCUAGAACUAUAUCUCAAGGGAGAGAGGGAUUACGCUUUGAUUUCCGGGCCUACGGGACCUCUAGUCUACCCCGCUGGACAUGUCUACGUCCACAAAUUCCUCUAUGGCCUCACACAGUCUGGCAUCAACCUUAAAGCAGCUCAACAGAUCUAUGGCCUACUCUACAUCACUGCGCUUGCAACAACAUGCGGCAUUUAUUACAAGGCAGGAAACAUCCCGAACUGGGUACUGAUGAUUCUGCCUUUGAGCAAGAGGUUACAUUCAAUAUAUGUCCUUCGUCUCUUCAACGAUUGUUGGGAAGUGGUGGGAACACAAGCCACAACCCUAGCAUUUGCGAGUGGGUACGAUUCUCUAGGAAUUAUGCUGUUCAGUGCCUCUGUAUCCAUCAAGAUGUCUGCCCUGCUAUACCUUCCAGGUAUCCUCGUGGUUCUUGUCAGACGGAGAGGCUUCCUUCACACCAUAGGGGCCGUUGGACUCUUGGCAUUCUCUCAGGUCGCUAUUGGGUGGCCAUUUAUCCAAGAGUAUCCUCGUUCGUACCUCAGCAAUGCUUUCGAAUUCUCUCGGCAAUUCCUGUACAAGUGGACUGUAAACUGGCGAUUCGUACCAGAAGAAAUGUUCCUUAGUUCCGUUUGGGCGAGGACACUACUGGUCCUUCAUCUCGGGACAUUGGUGAUUUUUGGGUUCAGAUGGUGUAGGAGAGACGGUGGGGCACUCGCAGUACUCGACAGGACCCUCCGGAGGCCGUCUUCUGCGCCGAGUCUCGUUCCUCUCUCUGCAGAUUAUGUCGUGACGGCUCUGUUCACGUCUAAUCUGAUUGGAAUCAUCUUCGCCCGCUCCCUGCAUUAUCAAUUUUAUUCGUGGUAUGCUUCCCAGAUACCCUUUCUGUUAUGGAGGACUAAAUACUCUCUGCCGGUGAAAUUUGUCAUACUUCUCGGAAUCGAGUAUGCUUGGAAUGUGUACCCGUCCACUAAUCUUUCGUCUGCCGUACUUUGCGGUGCAAAUCUCUUUCUUGUUCUUGGGGUUUACUUUGGGUAUCCAGAGGGCAGGGAUGUGCCGUCUCGUAAGCUAGAAUCUUAAUGUAUAUAGUUUGGAGCGUCCCUUACAAUCACGCACGAUACACACUCCUUCACGCUGUUAACGAG